AUGGACCCUGUAGUCUUGAGUUACAUGGACAGUUUACUGCGGCAAUCAGAUGUCUCCCUGUUGGAUCCUCCAAGCUGGCUCAAUGACCAUAUUAUUGGGUUUGCCUUUGAGUACUUUGCCAACAGUCAAUUUCAUGACUGCUCUGACCAAGUCUCCUUCAUCAGCCCCGAAGUCACCCAGUUCAUCAAGUGUACUAGCAACCCAGCGGAGAUCGCCAUAUUCCUUGAACCCCUGGACCUUCCCCACAAGAAAGUUGUGUUUUUAGCCAUCAAUGAUAACUCCAACCAGGCAGCUGGAGGAACCCAUUGGAGUUUGUUAGUUUAUCUCCAUGACAAAAAUAGCUUUUCUCACUAUGAUUCCCAUAGUAGGAGCAACUCACUCCAUGCAAAGCAGGUAGCAGAGAAACUGGAGGUUUUCUUAGGCGGAAAAGGAGACAGACUGGCCUUUGUGGACGAGAAAGCCCCUGCCCAACAGAACAGCUAUGACUGUGGGAUGUAUGUGAUAUGUAACACUGAGGCCUUGUGUCAGAACUUCUUUAGACACCAGCCAGAAGCACUACUGCAGCUACUCACCCCUACAUAUAUCACAAAGAAGAGGGCCGAAUGGAAAGAUCUGAUUGCCAGACUUGCUGAAAAUUAA